UGCUGAACCGUUUCGUGCGCCACUACGAGCCCCUGUCGUACGAACCCGUCCCCAUGCACGGGCUGGGUCGUUGGAAGCGAUCGGCCGCCGCUCAUCGACACGACAGCAGCAGGCCACGCACGGUGCAGGUGGCCUUCAAGGCCCACGGAAGGCAAUUCCGGCUGCAGCUGACCCAGGAUCGGUCCACCUUCUCGGAGGACUUCUCCCUGGUGACGAGCCGAGGGCGUGUCCAGGCCAACCUCGACCACAUAUAUUCCGGACACGUCGCAGGCGCUCCCGGCAGCCGCGUGGUGGGCGCCAUGAUGGACGGCGUGUUCAGUGGACGCAUCUCGCUGACGCCGGGCGACGACGGCGGGGACUUCUACGUGGAGCGCGCCGGCCCUUACCUGUCCUCGACCUCCUCGCCCACGGCACUCUUCCACUCGCUCAUAUACGCCGCGAAGGACGUGAGCUUCGAUGGCGCCGGAUGCGGAGUGCACGGACACGCGCAGGGAAUCCUGGACGAUAUUCGACGACGCCAUUGGCGCGGAUCUGCCACACCGACCAAGACGAGACGAGCUGAACCGUCCAUGGCGUUUGCCGAAGCGUCCCCUUCUGUGGAGACCGCGGCGCCGCAGACGCACCGGACCAACGGCAGCGCCCUCGGUAACGCGCCACCCGACACCGAACCCCGGUGGUCCAACCGGAGGAUGGUCGUCGGUGCCGGAGAACUCCGGGCGGGCAUGCAGUGGGGCCUGCGCAGCGGCGUACAGAGGGUGUGCAACCUGGAUAUCGCAGUCGACCACACACUCUACGAGGUAGUGUCUUCGGAUCUACACGACGACGUGGCCAAGGUGCGCGCCGCCAUCACGGAGAUGGUGUUCACGCACGUAGCGUCAGCCUCGGAAAUCUUCGGGCGUACCAACUUCAACGGCAUCACGGACAUCUCGUUCAUCGUGCAACGCUUGCAGAUCAACGAUUCCAGCCACUGCGAAGGCUCGGAACGGCGCACGAACCCGUACUGCAGCGAUGUGCUGGACGCCACGCACACGCUGGCGCUGCUGUCCAAGACCAACCACAACAACUACUGCCUGUCGUACCUGUGGACGUACCGUGACUAUCCCGAAGGCACGCUGGGUCUCGCCUACGUCGCUGAGAUCAACGGCCUCAUUCUCUAA